AUGGUUGUUAUAAAAGCCACUGAUUCCCCGUUCUACACGUUGGCUCACCAUUUCGUACCAAAUUCUCGUGUGCAUAUUUACCCUUCAUUUUUCAUCUAUCUACCAACAAACCUAAACACGGUCACGUUGACUCCAAGGACACAACCGUCAUUUACUUUACUACACAUCAUACCCAAACGCUCAGUAGUCCGAAGCUUCUCUCGUAAAUUUCUUUGUUUUGUUUUGCAUCGCUGCAUCGUAAUUCAGUUCGCCGAUUGUUGUUUGUUAUUUCACAUCUUCUAG